AUGGACGACGACCAAGAGCAAACACCACCACCUCCGACGCAACCAACACACACUGGUUCACCAACGGAUUUUCUCAAAGGCGUCGUCGGCAAACGCGUUAUUGUCCGUCUUACGUCGGGCGUUGACUAUCGGGGAGUCCUAUCAUGUCUGGAUGGUUAUAUGAAUAUUGCGCUCGAGCAAACAGAAGAGCACGUGAACGGAGUAGUGACAAACCGCUAUGGGGACGCGUUCAUUCGAGGGAAUAAUGUGCUUUACAUCUCGGCGGCUGAGGCGCUCUAA